GAGGAGGGGUUAUCCUGCCUCAGCCUCUCUGGCCGCCAGUGCCCUGCGCUCUCACUCAAGCCUUCACGCGGAUCCGGACGGGAGAUUAAAGUCCCCCACCACCAAACAAGAACCUGGUCCUGACCCUCCUUCUGGCAGCUCCUCGGGGUUCAGACUCUCUGCUGACAAAAGACUUUGAGCUGUUCUGAUUUGACUCUUAUUUAAAAAAAAAAAAAAAAGAAAAGAGGAGUUUCCCAAAGUCCGCCGCUCGCGCUGCGCUCCGGAGACAUGGUGACUUUACGCACCGGAUCUGCAGCGCGUCUCUACUGAGUCCUGACAAAAAGCAAACUUCAGGAGGAGUUUCUUUUCUUGCAGGAAAGAAAGCAGCGCAUGUUGGAAGAAGUGAAUCCAGACAACUUUCAUGAAUUUUAAAGCACUUCACGAGUGAGAAGAGGCUUUUGGAGCUGAAGUCUCUUAAAUCUAAGGAUGUCUUCCCUGCGAGCAACUCCUCCCUUUCACCCAUCAUCUGAGGAGGCGGAAGUGAUUGGUCGGGACAAUGAGGCCUGGGAUGGAGACGAGCGCGACGGCCCAAAGGAGACGGCGUCGCCUUCUUCGCAUGAUGAGCCCCACCCAGACCACCUUCAGCCUGCCAGAGAGAACCCGACAGAUGCUGAGUGGGAGAACGUCGGCCCUGCUGUGAUGGACAAUGAAAGCACCAAGGGCUGCUCAGUCUACACCUACCGGACUAACUCUACCUCUCCACCUAAACCAGAGGAAUGUUCCAGGGAUCGAGGCGAACCAAUCAUUGGCCUCACAUUUGGGACUCCAGAGCGUCGCAAAGGAAGUCUGGCAGACGUGGUGGACACUUUAAAACAGAAGAAGCUGGUGGAACUGACCAAGACAGAACAAGAUGAACCAUCUUGUGUGGAAAGGUUACUUUCCAAGGAGUGGAAGGAGCAUGUUGACCGUCUUAAUGCCAGUGAACUACUGGGAGAAGUUAAAGGUACGCCAGAGGCGCUGGAGGAAAAGGAGCGCCAGCUCUCCACCCUGAUUGGUCAGCUCAUCAGUCUGAGGGAGCAGCUUCUUUCUGCUCAUGACGAGCAGAAAAAGAUGGCCUCCUCACAGCUGGAGAAGCAGAGGCAGCAGAUGGAGCUGGCCAGGCAACAGCAGGACCAGAUUGCUCGACAACAGCAGCAGCUCCUGCAGCAACAGCACAAGAUCAACAUUCUCCAGCAACAAAUCCAGGUCCAGGGUCACAUGCCUCCUCUGAUGAUCCCGGUGUUUCCACACGACCAGCGGUCUCUGGCCGCUGCCGCCGCGGCACAGCAAGGCUUCCUCUUCCCGCCCGGAAUGUCCUACAAGCCAGGUGAGAAUUACCCAAUGCAGUUCAUUCCUUCAACAAUGGCAGCUGCAGCGGCGUCUGGACUCAGCCCUCUACAACUACAGCAGCUGUAUGCAGCACAGCUGGCAAGCAUGCAGAUCUCACCAGGAGCCAAGAUGGCUUCCCACCCACAGGCACCCAACUCCUCCGCUCCUCUCUCCCCCUCCAACCUCAAGAGCGAGAAACAAGCAUCCAGCCCCGUCACUCACAUUAAGGAAGAAGGAUCCACACAGCCAUUGAACCUCUCAGCCAGACCUAAGACAGCUGAGCCUCUUCGCACCCCAACGUCACCGACACAGAGUCUGUUCUCUGGGAACAAGACCAGCCCUCCCAGCAUGGGCAAAGGACGCAUCCCCAGCCCCAACAUGGGCAGGAACAACUCGCUGGACAUUCUGGCCAACCUCAAUUCUACAGCAUUGUUUGGGGACCAAGAUGCAGUGAUGAAAGCCAUCCAGGAGGCCAGAAGCAUGAGGGAGCAGUUCCAAAGGGAGCAGCUCCACCAUCAGCAGCCGCCGCAGCAGCAGCAGCCGGGACAUCAGAGUCUGGAGGCCAAACUGUCGGCUCUCAGCAGCAUGAGCCUCAACAACAACAACAAGGAGCGACUGCACUACGAGACACUGAGCCAGCACCUCGGGAAGCUCGGGGAGGAUGCUGGAAAGAUGGUCCAUCGAGUCAUCGACCUGACGAGACCAGAAGAUCUGGAUGGGAGUAAUGUCACAGAAGCACGAGUGUUCAGGGAGGCACGAGGGAGGAACAACAGCGAGCCCCACAUCAAGAGGCCCAUGAACGCCUUCAUGGUCUGGGCUAAAGACGAGAGGAGGAAGAUCCUGCAGACCUUUCCCGACAUGCACAACUCCAACAUCAGCAAGAUCCUGGGUUCCCGCUGGAAAGCCAUGACCAAUCAGGAGAAACAGCCGUACUACGAAGAGCAGGCCCGCCUAAGCAAGAUCCACUUGGAGAAGUAUCCCAACUACAAGUACAAGCCCCGACCCAAGAGGACCUGCAUCAUCGACGGCAAGAAACUGCGCAUUGGCGAGUACAAGCAGCUGAUGCGCUCACGUCGUCAGGAGAUGAGGCAGUUUUUUGUCGGGCCUCAGCCACAGAUUUCGUUGGGCAACAGCCCAGGAGGCGUAGGAGUUUACCCCGGUGCAAUAACUAUGGCAACGGCCACACCGUCCCCACACCUGACCUCAGACUGCUCAAGCAACUCGGUCAGCCCUGAACCCAACAUCCCCGUCAUCCAGAGCACGUACGGGCUGAAGGCGGAGCCCUGCGGGGGCGGAGCCAGCAACGGAGGUGGCGUCGGAGUGUUGGAUCUGCCCAGCGACCCCACCAACGGAGACGAAGACAUGGACAUGUAUGAGGACUUUGACGAUGAGCCCAAAUCAGACUAUAGCAGCGACCACGAGACGCGGGAGGCCGUCAGUGCCAACUGAACGCAAGACGGGCAGGAGGGGCAGUGUGCCAGGCGCAAAAAAGAAAAGAACAAUUCUCCUCAUGAACAGAGACGUAUCUUGGAAGCCAUGUUUUUCAGGUGGAUUUUCAGGACACGUGGCUUUGUUUACUGAGCUCUGUGGAUACGAGUCUGCAGAGAUGCUCAAAAGCUUGUUGAGCAGUAUGUUGACGAAGAGGCCUGACGAGGUAACGUAACCUCAACAAUCAUUUAGACAACCCAGCUGACAACGAACUUUACUUUCCCUCACUUUGACAAUCUUCAAAAAGAGUGAUAAGACUUCAACGGGGAGAGAAUGAGACAGAACAAAUGAGCAGCGAACACAUGAACUGUGUGGUUUGUAAAGAGAGUGCAUGAGUUUUUCAAGCAUUACAAACUACUCUUUGACAGCUAUUUGGUCUUAAAUGUUUAAAGAGUGUGUUGGUUUCAUUAUUAUGUAUUUACUGUUUGCAUUUUUUUUCUUUUUCGUUUUGUUUUCUGUUUGAUAAACUUCUCUGAGAGGUCACUGCCUGUACCAACUCUGGACUGUCGGAACUUGAAAUUGGGAAAGUUUUUAAUAUAAAUUCUAGCUCUGGU